GACCAGUCUUUUUCAACACGUCGACCGGUUGCAUUCGCACUGCGAGGCCCUCCGUUCCGUGCCACGAGCGUGUCACAAACAACGGACUUUUGAUUAUCUUUUCUCUUAAAAAUCUACCGAGUUCAUCUUUUCCGCCAUAGAUAUAGGAGCUUCGUGUGUGAAGGAGAGUUAACGCGAUGAGAAACACUUAAUCGCGCAUCUUUUGCAGUCGAUAGUGCAACAGGUGCUUCCGAUGUCGGGAGUAUUAUUUAACAAUUUGACAAUCCGUUUGUCGGAUUAUUUAACCAAGCGAAAAAGCCUUUUCAUCGUGAAUAAUUAAUGAUCAAAGUGCAAAAAUCAAUCGAGUAUCUCGGAGGUUAUGUGCCAUUCUUAACGAGCAGUGAGCCAGUUUUUUUUCUUCAUUUUAAACAGCCCCCACGUGCUUUUUAGAAAUUUCAUAUCGAGCUUCAGCGACGAUGGAAUAUUUGACGGAAAAUUUCUCCUCUUGAGUGGAUUUUGGAUGAAAACAAACACUUCGUUUUUUCGUUCCACCCAAUACUGGCUUUUGAGAUAAAGGAAAGGAAGGAAAGUGAACAGACAUGGGGAGCAUGUUCAGGAGCGAGGAAAUGGCACUCUGCCAGCUGUUCAUUCAGCCAGAGUCGGCCUAUCUCUCGGUUUCGGAACUCGGCGAGACAGGAACCGUUCAAUUCCGUGACCUGAACGGCGACGUGAAUUAUUUUCAACGUAAAUUCGUGAACGAGGUGAGAAGAUGCGACGAGAUGGAGAGAAAGCUUCGCUACAUCGAGGCGGAGGUGAAAAAAGACGGUGUCGAGAUUUCGGACGACAUGACCGAAUUGCCGCGAGCCCCGAACCCUCGCGAGGUCAUUGAUCUUGAGGCACACAUAGAAAAAACUGAAAACGACAUACUCGAGCUCAGUCACAACGCUGUUAAUCUGAAGAGUAAUUAUCUAGAGCUCACCGAGUUACGUCACGUUCUGGAAAAGACCCAAGUUUUUUUCACCGAGAAUCAAGGUUCUUUUUUUGGUAUGCAUCAACAGGAGGAGGCCAACGAUUCAAUUACUAGAGCGCUUAUCAACGAGGAGCCACAAUAUCAGGGACCAGCUGCACGAGGACGACUCGAAUUCGUUGCCGGUGUAAUCAAUCGUGAACGAGUGCCGGCCUUCGAGCGGAUGCUGUGGCGAAUUUCACGCGGCAACGUUUUCCUCCGGCAAGCUGAACUCGACAAACCACUGGAGGAUCCGAACACGGGGAACGAGAUAUACAAGACGGUUUUCGUAGCUUUCUUCCAAGGAGAACAACUCAAGAGUCGUAUCAAAAAAGUAUGCAGCGGUUUCCACGCUUCCCUGUAUCCUUGCCCAAACAGCCACGCCGAGAGGUUAGACAUGGUCAAAGGUGUUCGUACUCGUCUCGAGGAUCUCAACCUGGUUCUCAAUCAGACGCAGGAUCAUCGUCAAAGAGUCCUCCACAACGUUGCCAAAGAACUUCCCAACUGGAGCAUCAUGGUACGCAAAAUGAAGGCCAUUUAUCAUACGAUGAAUCUCUUCAACAUGGACGUAUCGAAAAAGUGUCUUAUCGGAGAAUGCUGGGUACCGAUGGCCGACCUCGCUAUUGUUCAAAGCUGCCUCACCGAAGGAUCGUAUGAUGUAUCGCAGCGUUUAUGUGGAAGUUCGAUACCUUCGUUCCUAAACGUCAUUCACACGAACGAAGAUCCUCCAACGUUUAAUAGAACGAACAAGUUUACCAAAGGAUUUCAAAACUUGAUAGACGCUUAUGGAGUCGCGUCGUAUCGCGAGGCGAAUCCGGCCCUCUACACCAUCGUCACAUUCCCAUUUCUCUUUGGCAUCAUGUUCGGUGAUGCUGGACACGGUCUGAUAAUGACGUUGUUUGGUGGCUGGAUGGUAAUCUGGGAGAAAAGCUUGUCCCAGAAGAAAAAUGGUGGCGAAAUAUGGAAUAUAUUCUUCGGUGGACGUUACAUUAUACUUCUCAUGGGAUUUUUCUCCAUUUACACCGGGAUUAUUUACAACGACAUGUUCUCCAAGUCCAUCAACGUGUUUGGCUCGAGUUGGAGUGCCAAGACGUUCUCGGCCCACGAUUUACUCACUAAUGAAACUAUGACUCUCGAUCCGGCGACGUCACAGUACUUUCAGGUACCGUACCCCCUGGGUAUGGAUCCUGUCUGGGCACUCGCUAAAAAUAAAAUCAUAUUUCUCAACUCUUACAAGAUGAAAUUGUCCAUUAUUUUUGGCGUCGUCCACAUGAUGUUCGGUGUGUGCGUCAGCAUGGUCAACAUCAUACACUUCAAGAAGUACUCGAGUAUCGUCUUCCAAUUUUUGCCGCAAUUGCUGUUCCUCGUUCUCUUGUUCACUUACAUGGCGGUCCUCAUGUUCAUCAAAUGGAUCGCUUUUGCCGCUACAACCAAGCCCGAAGAGUUCGCUUCGUCGCCAACUUGCGCUCCGUCCGUCCUCGUAACUUUUAUCAACAUGAUGCUUUUCCACGAAGCGAAAGUAUCCGAGGGAUGUUCGGAAUUUAUGUUUCCUGGUCAGGCAAUAACGCAAAAAAUUUUCAUUGCCGUCGCACUGGUUUGCGUUCCUGUGAUGCUUUUUGGAAAACCAUUUUAUAUUUUAGCAACGAAGAAAAAACCACGCAAGAAUCAGCAACACACGAAUGGCUCGGCUUCUCAGGAUAUCGAGCUACAGAGCGAAGCGCUCCCGGUCCCUUCGACCAGUGAAAGUCGUGGCGGAAGUGACCCCCACGGCGAAGACACAGGGUUUGGUGAAAUAAUGAUCGUCUCGGCGAUCCACACCAUCGAGUACGUCCUGUCAACUGUCUCCCACACUGCGUCGUAUCUUCGUCUUUGGGCGUUGUCUUUGGCUCAUGCACAACUCUCCGAAGUACUGUGGACACAAAUUCUUCACAUGGGAUUUGGGGCCGAGGAUGGUGAAUGGUUCAAAAGUGCUUUCGCUUUCAUUGCCUUUGGUGCGUGGUCGUUUUUCACCAUAGCCAUUCUCGUCAUGAUGGAAGGCUUGUCAGCUUUUCUUCAUACGCUGCGACUUCACUGGGUCGAAUUCAUGAGCAAAUUUUACGACGGCCAAGGUUAUCUGUUUCAACCGUUCUGUUUCAAGAGCAUAUUGGACGCCGACGAUACUGAGGAGUUGAAGUAAAAAUAAUUUUAAAAAACGCAUAAAAAAUAUAAAAUCAAAAGACUUUCGAAAGUUACUGCAAUAAAAAAUGCCUUUUGUCGUUAUCAGAUGUGAAAAAAGUUCGAUAUCAGCAGGAGAUGAAUUUUCAAAUUUUAACUUUACGAUGUAAUCAGAUCGACUUGUGAACGCAAAUUUGACGAAGAAUUUGUUUCAUUCUCAAACGAAUAUGUAAAACCAAAAGAGUGUUCCGUAGCACUGAAACAAUUGAGAGAAAAGCGUGUACUUUGAAAUCAAAGGAAUGUCUGCUUGCAAAACGACUCGACAAAAAAUCGGUUCAGUUUGAACAGAAACUUUUUGCCCCCAGCGAUAAAAAUCUAUCUGCGAUGUUUAUGUGAAUACGUAAAAUUGCUUCCUCGUUUUCUAUUCCGUAAAAAAAUAAAAGACAAAAACUUUUUCGAGUCAACGUUAUUUGAGCUCGCUUGCUCCAGCAACGAAACCUUUUUUUUCGAUGGUUUCCGAUAAUCGAUAUUUGUUUACUCUUCACAGAAAUAUAUUUCUGAGUAAAUAAAAAGCCAAACAAAGAUAAAAUUGCGCAAUUUUUAGAAAAAUCCUCUACUGCGAGCCACGUGAACUUUUUGCACAAUGUAUUCAUUCCAGUGAUAAUCAAAUGCUUAGAAUUUAGCAUAUCAACGAGAAAUAUUUACGACAAAAAUAUACCGUAAGAUUGUUUAGCCAAACAAAGAAAGACGAAAAAAUAUCACUCCCGUCUGCAAACAUGGAGUUUCACCGCCGUCAUAAAUGACUUUACGAAAAAAUAUACAAAUUAUCGAUUUUAAAUGAAAAAUAAUCGUUUUCAUAUCAUCGAUACAGUACUUUUCUACAAUCCAUUUACGCAAGAAGAGUCCUCAUGAUUUUGAAACGUGAUCAAAAGUGGACGUGAGUGAUACGAAGAUGUAUUUUAUUACAUAGUAAUAUAUUACCUUUAUAUGUAUACAUCAAACGAAUAAAUCGAUAUGAAUUUACA